CAGCCACUGCACUCUCUUCCCAACUUGACUUCGCUUGAACAGCCAUGAUGAAGACUCUCUGCUCACUCGUCCUCCUCGCCUGCAUCCUGGCCACAGGACAGGCAGAGUACCUCUCACAAUGUGAUGUGGCCCAGCAGCUCCAGCAGUUGGGACUGGAUGGAUACGCUGGCUACAGUCUGGCCAAUUGGGUCUGCAUGGCGUACCACGAGAGCAGCUUCAACACUGAUGCCAUAAACUAUGACAGCAAUGGUAGUGCUGACUUCGGCAUCUUCCAGAUCAACAGUCGUUACUGGUGCCAGAACGGUGAUGAGUAUAGCUCCAACAUCUGUGGAAUUCAAUGCUCUCAACUGCUGACAAAUAACAUCGCUGUAGAUGUGGCUUGUGCUAAGACCAUAGUCACAGAUUCAUGGAAUGGAAUGGGUGCCUGGGUGGCAUGGAGCACAUAUUGCCAAGGCCAGGAUCUCUCUGGUUAUAUUGCGGGAUGCAAUCUGUAGAGAAACCAUCCUCUGAAGAUUGUGGAAACAUGGCUCUCUCAUCAUUAUCAUCUGUAAGAAACAGCUCUACUUAAACUCAUAAUAAAUGCAUUAAAUAAAA